AUGGAGCUGCAGCAGCAACAGCAGCAGGUGGUCCAGCUAGAGGGCCUAGAGAACGCCACGGCCCGGACCCUGCUGGGCAAGCUCAUCAACGUGCUGCUAGCCGUCAUGGCCGUGCUCCUGGUGUUCGUCUCCACCGUGGCCAACUGCGUGGUGCCCCUGAUGAAGACGCGCAGCCGCACCUUCUCCACACUGCUCUUCGUCGUCCUCCUCGCCUUCCUGUGGAGGAACUGGGAGGUCAUCUCGCAGUACCUGGAUCGCUUCCUGCUGUCCCCGAGUUGACCUACGGGGGGGGGCUCUCUUAAUAAAUGACGAGGGGAGGCGACCUAGGGGUGGGGCUCCCGGAACAAUGAGGGACGGAGAGGCGGGGCCUGGUGUGAGGGGAGGGGACUAACUAACAAACUCGUACACUGCCUCUGAUGUAACUGUGGUGGCGCCAGCACAAAGGGCGGGCUUAGCGGAAAGGAGGAGGAUGAGGAGCCAGGAGAACUGCACACUUUUAUUUCUCUCUCUCUUCAAACAGUGAAAUUGUUUACAUGUGGAAGACGUUUUAUUGCUUUAGAAUUGAUUCAAGUGGUAUUGAAUUUGUUCCUUCAUGUUAUUGCAGUCAUGAAUGCAGAUGAUUGAGGGCUUUCUCUUGUGGCUGGAUAUGGAAGGUAAACAGCUGGCAUUUUGAUGAUCCACAUGGCAAGUGUCUUUCCCUUUUUUCGCUCUCCUUUUCUCUAACCCCAAAAUCUCUCCUUUCUCCCUUCCUUUUCUUACUCCCAAUAUGUUCUCUUCCUUUGUUUCUCUUCCUCUGCCCCUCUCUUUGCCCAUUUCACCAAAUCGCUCUUCUUUCUGGGAGGAUUGAUGUGACUAACUACAGUGCACUACUGAGGACAACAUCUAAUUUGUUCAUCACUGGAUCAAGCAAGUGAUGGGUUCUUGACUUGUUUCUAUUGGACGCGACGUUGGGCCUGAUUGGAUCAGGACACUGAGUCGGAAUAUGCUCAGCUUGAAGCCCUGCACUCUUGGCCCUGCCCCUGCAGAGACUAAACUGAAUGAACAUACUUGAAGAGCUGUGAAACUGCUCAGACUUUCAGUGCUUCCGUACUGUUUAUUAGUGACAAUUAAAUUAACUUUUUAUUUUUUAAACAAAUAAAAAUGCUGUUUUAAAAAUGAAGGAUUGACUUGUCAUUGAGUCAACAUCACCCAGUUUCUAUUUCAACCUCAUGUUUUUGUUGUGUAGCAAAUAUUGUCAAGCUAGUCGAGUGACCGCUCUAACAAUGUCCUCAAAGAUGGAAGGCAGGCGGGACCAUUCUAACCAAUGAGAGGGCAGAUACAGAUAUAGAACUAAUCUGUAUCUGUGACCGCUUCAAUGGCGUUGCCUAUGGUCUCCAUGUUAAAGUAUUCCAUUUUCUCCAAUGGCAGAUUUCUCCCAACUCAGGAAUUCCCACCCAGUUGACUACGUUAAAAUAGUGGAAGCCCUCCAUGGCAAUGUCCAUAAGUAUCACAACAGGCACAACUCCAAUAUGUAGUUUUCAGUUGCAGAAAUGCCACGUGCGUCCACUCUGCAUAACCUAACAAUUACAACAACAAAAAAUCAAUCAAAAUAAGUCCCAUGUAGCAAAUUGGCAAUUAUUUGUUGACCAAAUUUGACUCAUUGACCCCCAUACAAAUUCCUUACGUCGUGGACAGAUUCUGGGCAGAGUAAAACCUUGCUUCGCCUCUGCCCGUGUAUCCUUUUUCAAAUCCAGGCCUUGAGGUCCACAGCAUUAAUUAUUUAUUAUUCUCCUUAGGGGUGGUUGAGUAGAAGCUGGUUAAACUUCCAGGGAAUAAAGAACCAGGAGCACCACCGGACAACAAAGCUCUGUUUUGGGUACCUUUGAUCAGGAAUAUCAAACUGUGUCCACAAGGUGGUGCAAGAACUAAUUUGGUAUUCAAACUGAAGUGGUACAACAUGUUCCAUUGCACCAUUGUGGGCACUGACCCAUAACAGAAUAGUUUAAUAAUUUCCCAUGGCUUCAUAGCUUUGGGAAAUGUUAGUUUGAGAUGGUUAGUUCUAACUGUACAGAAAGACUGCUGCUACCACAAACCAGCAGGACCAAAAAUGCCAUGGUGAAGAGAACAGCAAAAGACCAGUAUAAACUGUCCCUCAGGAGACUGGUACCAAGAUGUCAUGUCCAGUGUGCCGGGCUCUGAUUGGUCUCAGCCAUGUGUACACUCACUGUACCAGAUUAUCCCAAUGAAUCGUGUCAUGGUCAUCAACCUAUGAUGGACGAACAACAAAGUCCUGACUGUAUAGAAAACACCUUUGCCAUCAAUAUAUUCCAGGAACAGGGGAGUCACUGUCCUAGUGAUACAAGUAACCUGGCAGAAGAGGGUACUCAUUAAGCAGGUAUAAGAAACAACUUUUAAAAAAAGCAUCAGUGAAUCAUUAAACAUCUUCACAAACCCCUAGCAACCAUCAACGCUUUUCUACAGGAAAAGUGGAGACUGCACAAUUACAUUUGACAGCAGCCAGGUCUACACUUAAUACCACAAACAAGAACUUCAAAAAACAAACUGCUUUAAUCAAAAACAUACAAAGUGAAUCUUUAAAACCAACAUUUGGAUAAAAGGAAUGCAGUCACUCUGCUGCUGCCCUCUUGCCUCGUUUCCCUGUGGUUUUAGCUUAAGGAGCAGCAUUGUCCCCUUCAUCACCCUCUGCAGGCUUCUGGGAAGCUUUGGCCUUUGCACCCUUCUAGGCUGCUCCUUCACCCUUGGCAGCUUUGGUAGUCUUCUGUGCUUUGGGUUGAUCCUCAGCUGUCCCUCUGCAGGCCUCUUCGACCUGGGCUUCUUAGCAGGGGACACAUUGGAAGCAGAUGCUUUUGCGGCCUUCCUGAGGUCUGCAUCCUGAAAGAUGAAAAUGACAGGUUUGCCAGACCAUCACCCAUUGAACAUUUUAGGUUCAAUUGAACCGUAAAGCCCAAAUAGGGAACAGUACCCAUUAUGACAAGUAAGGGAACAGUACCCACAUCAAAACCACUUGAACAAUGCCAAUAGUCAGAACAUAACUGAAACCAUACCUGCCUCUGAAGGUAUCUCCUUCUGCUUUUUCUUCUCAGCUCCAAGAGACAAGAGUUAGUGGUGUAUAUAAACAUGCCUAUGCAUGCAAUCAUGGACACCAUGAGGAGAAGUGAGAUACCCAUACAAGUAAUUGAAUGAGCAAUGUUAAAUGCCCUCCAUUGCAAUGGGUGUAGCUCAAUAACAAUAAUCCCAUACAAGUGGGCAGACUAUAGGGUGAUCAUAAAUCUCUCAACCACAAAUGCAGGGUUUUUGUAAUUAAACUUUGUGCAGCUGUCAAAAACUUAAAACAAAAGGUCAAAGAUAAAUAUUUUACUCAGACAGACAAGUUAGUUUGUUGGUUUUAAAAAUCAAAUUGAUGCAAUAAUGAUACAAAAUAAAAUCUGUUAAAGACAAAUAGCUUUAAUGACUGAUAAAUGAUUCUGAAUGUUCAGCCCCCCUGUCCUCUAUAACAUUAGCCCACACUUGCCAUAUGAGACAUCUGUGGUUUUCCUGUGAACAAGCUCCACAUCUACUUCUCUAUUGAAACAUUUAUUCUAUGUCCCAGUCACAGCCACCAUAUUCUGUGAAGUCAGACUAACAGUAUGUAUGUAGCUCUCUAAAAAAUGGCAUUCUUCAUCCCUGAUAUGGCUGGUCAUCUGUUUUUGCUCAUCCUCCUUUUCGGUGAGUUAUUCCUCCAUUCCAAAUUCCAUCAUCUGUUUGUGCUACAGGAUAUUCCUCUUCUUCUUUCCCCUCUUUUAGUCUUUUACUUUAGGAACUCUUGAUAUUUCUAAAUUUUAUGGUUAUAAUAAGUGUGUCUUAUUCCAUUGAUCAUCCUAUUGAUAAAUGUUUCUCUGUCAUUAUUUUACAUUUUGUUCAGCUAAUGACCACUGCUUGAUGGCCGUGAAUGCAUUACAGGCUGUUCUGCUUCGCCAACUUGUGUAAAGUGUUCCCCUCUCAUGUUUUCUUAUUUUUCAUAAUGGUAAACAGAGCAUGAUAAUGACCCAUUUUGUUAUUUCUAGAUACCUUCCAAUACAUCAAAGGCCAAGGUCAGUAUCAUUAUUCUGAAUUUAAAGCUGCAAUCAUGGGCGGUGUGUUCAAUAGGGCGAUAUGGGCGACGCACUGCCAAACGGGAAAAGGAAGGGAUUUUUUUUCUAAUCAAUUAUAUCAUGGCAACAGUAGUUCAGUGUUCACGUCUGAUCUGCCAGCCACUAAAUGUCCAAUCAGGCUAAAGUCGUGCUUCAAAUGUCCCCGCCCGUUUUGGGGCGAUUUCAGUCAGGUUGAAAAUCGCCCAGAAGUCUCUCAUAGCCUCUAAUGUAAAAUAUUUUUUUUUCACAUUUCUGAGCUUUCAAUACAUUCUCUAUGGGUGUCUGAGGGCUUGCACUUACGCGCUUUCGUCAUACGUAACGUAACGUAACCAUGAACGGCAGACAGCAACGCUUGGACAGCGACUGGUGUAACCGACAUGCACCAUCUUUCAGAAAAGAUUAAGAAAAAUGAGCUGUCAAAGACCCACAUUGAUAGCUGUUUGAGAUUGUCUGCUUUGGUGAGAGUGAAUAUUGCCACUCAACUGGAUGAGGGAUACAGGCUAGCUGUCCGCCGCCACAACGAUGAGGUUAGCAACAGCAGAGUCGUGAACACUGUCUACGAGAAUCGAGACGACCUCAUAGAAUGUUUUGAAGCCAUCCGGACGGGUUCAUUGGGUUCAUUUGACCAGCCCACCGUACCAGAAGCUACAGAAUAAGGACAUCGAUGCUGUCUUUAUCAAACGUGCCCUCGACAGCUUCGCAAGCAGUGUGCAGGCCAUAAGGUAAGAUAAAGAUUAAACAAUAUCAUUCGAUCUUUCCCAAAGCAGAGCUUUAUUUGAAAAUGUAUGCAUGAAAGGGGACUGCAUUUGUGUUUGAAAUUACAUUAUUGUCAUUAUAUAUGGCCAGUGGUGUAAUCUAUCUUAUUUUAUAUACUAUGUGUACUGUACAGUGGUGCUCAUAAGUGUAUGAACACAUUCUAAAGCUGACUAAAAAGAGGAAUAAAAAAAUAAAAAAAUCAUCUUUUGGAAAUUGAUCUUAAUGACUUAAUUAAAAAAGUUGGAAAAUCCAACCUUUAAGGACACCAAUUUUCUUUUCUUUUUUAUUCCUCUUUUUAGUCAACUUUAGCAUGGGAUCAUAAGCUUAUGAGCACCACUGUAUACUGUGCUGAACAUCCAGGCUAUGUGAGACACAAAGGCUAACUUAAACACUAAAGACUUUAUGCAUCCCUGCCCAUUUUAAGUGGAACUGAAGUAUUUGUACUAUACAUGGAUACAUUGCAUAUACCUGUGCAUCACAUAGACAACAAUACUGUACAAAGCCAACAAACACAUUGGUCUGUUUGCCUUCAGGGACUCCUCUCAACAGCAGCUGCAAGAAGCAACAGGAGCCAAAAGACCCAGAACAGCUUUGAGAGAAGAGGAGAAGCAGAGGCUGUCUGAAGAGGUCUGCAACACCAUCCUGGAUCACACCAAAGAAAGGUUCUCUUUCUCUGGCCACCUUGUGAGUGCUACCUUACUGCAAGCAGACAUGUUUGAAAGGUACUGCCAUUCAAAAAAAUAAAAAAUCUGUUCAUGUUCAUUUUUACAAAUCUAUACAAUUGGCCAGAAUAUGGUUGUUCAUAUUUACAAAUCUAUACAAUUGGCCAGAAUAUGGUUGUUCAUUUUUACAAAGCCAUACAUAUUGUUUAUGCAGUGUUGAGGAAUGUGAAAGAACACCCUUGAUUAUUUUUACUGUGAUAACUUAUUUUGCUUUUGUAAGCCAACACUUUUGAGAUCAGUCAAUAAAUGCUUCUGGUAUUGACUUAUAUGCUGCCCCUGUCUUCAUGUUGUUGCUGGACAUAUCUUUUUAAAAAUGUGUGUAGGUCACCUAAAUCAUCAGAAAAAUUGCCCCUCCUGAGAAUUUUUUCAGGAGCCGCCACUGGCUGCAAUAUGUAACUUUUUGGGCUACCAGACAAAAUUCACAUAGAAUUGUGAUUUAUAGAUCUGUCAUCCGCAUUGUAAGCAAGUCUAAGAAGGUUGGUCUUUUCUAUGUACGCUACUUCUAUGCUUCCCGAUUUUAAAUUUCGUUUUUGCUUCUUUUACUUUCUGUUUUGUACACCAGCUUCAAACAGCUGAAAAUACAAUAUUUUUGGUUAUGGAAAGUAUAUUUCACAACGGUUUAGAUGGUACAAUGAUUCUCUACACUAUACUUGCUUGUUUUGAAACUGAAAUUAGGCGAACUAUUAGAAUUUUAGCAACCAGGAAAUGGCGGAGAGAUUUCUGCUAAGUACAUCUUUAAACUGGAAUGAUUUUCAAUUUUAACAAUUCAGUUAACUAUUUUUACUAAAUAAUAUUAGUAAUAAGUGGCUUGUUUCAUCUUGUUAUUGAUACCAUGUCUUGUUUUGAGGUGUUUUGACUGAUUUCAUGUUAGUGCUAAUAUGGCAAAAAUUCGCAAGCUAGCUAACCAAAAACUGUACCUUAACGAUGUAUUUGAGAGACAACAAGAGCUCAUUGUACAAAUGUAUUUAUAUUUUCAAUAAAUAUUGGAGAGGAAAUACAAUUGACAUGUUGUCUCUAUAGAGAUAAAUAGUCAUCGUGUAUUUUUGUAGGCAAUAACUCCGCCAUUGGUUCGUUGGACAAAGCCUAUGAGGAAAAUUAAUGGGUUUUUGUAGUUUUUUUUUGAUAAAUGGCGAAAAUAAGGUCUGUGGUAAACAGAGGCUUAGGAGAUUUUAUGCGUUUUGUUCUAUGAGAUAAUCUUCAUCAGCUAACAUCACGUUUUGUGAAUUUUGAAGAAUUUAUGUAAUAAUAAAAAACACAUAAAUCACAUAAAGACUUCAUAAUUCAUAAAGGUCAUGUUAACUGACUGCUAUUAUCUCAUAGAAUGAAACGUAUACAUCCAUAACAAUGAGCUAAUGACUCGAUGCGCGAUUUCGCCUGGCAUAGAAAAUGUGCUCUCUCUCCAGGACACUAUUCAGAGGAGCAAGCCACCUAUAAAGCUAACAUAAUCACUUCAAACUGAAGCUGAAAUGACAACAAACUAGCUGGAUUUCGUGUUUUUCUAUUGGCAUUUCUUUAUAUAUAUCCAUAAAAAUUAUACUGAUUUAUGAUUUCGACUGGCUGAGAAAAGCAACAGACUAUCUCAUCCCAACACAUUCGUUUAUUACUAUGGGACAGCUGGAGAUCGAAUUUCAAUAUUGAAACAAUGUUUCAAAUGUCGGAGACAGACAGCAAGAUUAAUACAAAUCUCUGCUGUUUAAAACCAAAUGCUAGUCUAAAAUAAAUCGGAUAUAAUGUCUAGAUGCUUUUUACAGUGGAGAUCAAGUUUAUAAAUGGCCUGGCUGGGCUGAUGUGACAGUGGAUUGCGCAGUCAGAUGGAACAGUGAAUAGACUCCUUUUGUGUUUGCAAACAUUGCCGCACGAGGGCGAUGCGUGCAAGGUGGUGGCAGAACACUGGGGAGUUUUUAUAUAAGGCCAGCGAAAAAAUGCUCUAUUUACAUGUUGCUUAUGAGUGCAUUUCACACUACAUUUGGAUUAUAAUUGGAGUUUAAGUCUCGUAUGAAUGUCCUGCUUAAUACCUUUUUACGUAGUUAUUACACAUUGAUUACACUAUCAUUUGUAUUUCAUAUGUCACAGCGAUUCACCUAUAUAUAUGAUGCUGGUCAAGUUUUAUCUUGCGCACCUGCGUCUGCCUUACAAGUGCUGACACACUUCCCCAAGCUCUGGGACAGUGCUGGUCAGAAAAAAAGCUAGCUAGCUCAUUGAUGCAAACAAUGUUCUUCCCCAAAAACAUAGCAAAACGAGAUUUGUUUCCGUAGCUAUAGUUAGAUAGCUGUCAUCAUCUAGAAUACCCUUAAUUCAUAAAACAGGUCGUAUUCAAUUAAUGAAGCUAUGUGAAGCUAGCCACAAUAAGGAUUAGCCACAAUAGUGGAAUUUGCGGUUUUGCCUUCAAAAUAAAAGUCCUUCAUUGAAAGUGAUGCAAAUUAAUACAAAUAGUGGAAUCAUGCUAUAAUGGAAUAGAUCAUGCUAAACAAGGUUGCAUGUUAUUAUAUGAAUUCAACAAAAUAAUUUGUUAAUUUGACAAAAAUCUGUUGAAAUCACACUGGCUGUAUUAGACUUUAGAAUUGCAUUGGGGGCAUACUUAUUUCACUGUACGGCCUUACCCCAUUUAAUUGAUCCACAAUCCAUAGGUAUCAGUCUAUUCAGGGACACCCACAGAACACCUUAUACAUAUUACCUCAAUUACCCAAUUAACCUGUGCCCCCGAACAUUGACUCUGUACCGGUACCCUCUGUAUAUAGCCUUCCUACUGUUAUUUUAUUUUAUUGCUGCUCUUUAAUUAUUUGUUAUUUGUUCUGUUUUACUUAUCUAUAUUUACUUAACAUUAUUUUUCUUAACUGUAUUGUUGGUUAAGGGCUUGUGAGUAAGCAUUUCACUGUAAGGUCUACAUGUGUUGUAUUCGGUGCAUGUGGCAAAUACAUUGGAUUUGUAGCUCAUAUUGAGGGACUCUGAAACCACUGUGAAAUGAGCCACAUCUAUUGUACCAGUCAACCUACUACUGUGCAUUCGGAAAGUAUUCAGACCCCUUGACUUUUUCCACAUUUUGUUACGUUACAGCCUUAUUCUAAAAUGUAUUAAAUUGUUUUUUCCCCUCAUCAAUCUACACACAAUACCCCAUAAUGACAAAGCAAAAACAGAUUAUUUGAAAUUUUUGCCAAUGUAUAAAAUAUGUAUAAAAUAUUACAUUUACAUAAGUAUUCAGACCCUGUAAUCAGUACUUUGUUGAAGCACCUUUGGCAGCAAUUACAGCCUUGAGUCUUCUUGGGUAUGAAUCUACAAGCUUGGCACACCUGUAUUUGGGGAGUUUCUCCCAUUCUUCUUUGCAGAUCCUCUCAAGCUCUGUCAGGUUGGAUGAGGAGCAUUGCUGAACAGCUAUUUUUAGGUCUCUCCAGAGAUGUUCGAUCGGGUUCAAGUACAGGCUCUGGCUGGGCCACACAAGGACAUUCAGAGACUUGUCCUGAAGCCACUCCUGCAUUGUCUUGGCUGUGUGCUUAGGGGCAUUUUCCUGUUGGAAGGUGAACCUUCGCCCCAGUCAAAGGUCCUGAGCGCUCUGGACCAGGUUUUCAUAAUAUAAUAAUAAUAUAAUAUGCCAUUUAGCAGACGCUUUUAUCCAAAGCGACUUACAGUCACGUGCGCAUACAUUUUUACGUAUGGGUGGUCUCGGGGAUCGAACCCACUACCCUUGCGUUACAAGCGCCAUGCUACCAAUUGAGCUACAGAGGACCUUCAUCAAGGAUCUCUCUGUACUUUGCUCCAUUCAUCUUUCCCUCGUUCCUGACUAGUAUCCCAGUCCCUGCCGUUGAAAAAUUCCAACAUCAUGAUGCUGCCACCACCAUGCUUCUGGAAGGCUCUCCAAUCUCCACAGAGGAACUCUGGAGCUCUGUCAGAGUGACCAUCAGGUUCUUUGUUACCUCCCCCGAUUGCUAAGUUUGGCUGGGCGGCCAGCUCUAGGACAAGUCUUGGUGGUUCCAAACUUCUUCCAUUUAAGAAUGAUGGAGGCCACUGUGUUCUUGGGGAUCUUCAAUGCUGCAGACAUUUUUUGGUACCCUCCCCCAGAUCUGUGCCUCGACACAAUCCUGUCUCAGAGCUCUACGUACAAUUCCUUCAACCUCAUGGCUUGGUCUUUGCUCUGACAUGCACUGUCAACUGUGGGAUCUUAUAUAGACAGGUGUGUGCCUUUCCAAAUCAUGUCCAAUCAAUUUAAUUUACCACAGGUGGACUCCAAUAAAGUUGUAGAAACAUCUCAAGGAUGAUCAAUGGAAACAGGAUGCACCUGAGCUCAAUUUCGAGUCUCAUAGCAAAGGGUCUGAGUACUUUAUGUAAAUAAGGUAUUUCUAUGUUUUAUUUUUAAUAAAUUUGCAAAAGUUUCUAAAAACCUGUUUUUGCUUUGUUAUCAUGGGGUAUUAUGUGUUGAUUGAUGAGGAAAAAAUAUAAUUUAAUCCAUUUUAGAAUAAGGCUGUAACGUAACAAAAUGUGGAAAAAGUCAAGGGGUCUGAAUACUUUCCGAAUGCACAGAAUGUGUAUUGAACACUAUUCCAGAGGAAAAACAAUACAACAUGGAUGCUUUGGAGUCUGAAAACUCUGAGGAGGACUUUGGGGCAAAAAGCACUUGAGUACUGAGUAGACUGAUACCCCAUUUCAUUGAUCCACAAUCCUUAGGUAAGGCUGUACAGUGCAAUAUGAAUGUCAAUAUGCAAAAUAGGCUGACUGGGGAGGGGGGGGGGGGGGUGAUUUCCCACAGUCAAUGUCCCGCAAUAAGAGCUACAACGCUAAUAUUUGUGUAAACUCUUCACAGUUGUGUUCUGUGAGUGUCACUGAGUAGACUGGUACUCCAUUUCAUUGCUCCACAUUCCAACACUCCAAAGUUGUUUAGCAUGAUCUAGUCUAAAUAUGGCAUGAUUCCACUGUUUGUAUUUAUCCACUAUUGUGGCUAAUCCUUAUUGUUGCUAGCUUCACAACACAAAAUAAUCUGAAACACAACCAAAACAUACAGCAAAUGUAUCCAACAAAUGUGUAGAGUCACAAGCUUGAUGUAGUCAUUUCGUGCUAUGAAUAUUGGACCAUAUACUUUUGCUCCCCUAAAAUUGGGGGACUAUGUACAAAAAAUGCUCUAAUUUCUGAACGGUUUACCCGAUAUGGAUGAAAUUACACAUAAAUUCAAAUUGACAGUCUGCACUUUAACCACAUUGUCAUUGUUUAAUUUUAAAUCCAACGUUUUGAAGUAUAGAGCCAAAAUAAUAACAAAUGCUUCACUUUCCCAAUAAUUAUGGAGGGCACUGUAUUCACUGCAGUAUUAAGGCUAACAUUGAGUUUAUGAAUUAUGGGCUAAUAUGCAUAUGCUUCUAACUUAGGCUAUAGGCUACAUCUCGAGUCUGUCUUCAUUGUUCUGUUGCUCAAUUACGCACCUGUCCUCUCUGCUGCCACGGCUAUUCCUUUUAAAUCUUGUAGAGUCCCAGGAAAAGUCAGACUACAAAAACUUGUUGGACACUUAUUUAGACUUGUUUUCUGUAGCCUAUUGAAGGUGAAUGUAAAAUAGGGUACAGCAUUAACAGGCGGGGAGUUGGAAAGGAGAAGCCCAUAUUUUCCGAUAGUAGGCCUAUCUUAACACCGGGCUACAUCCUGACAAAAUAGGCCUACACCAUAUGAGUGGCCUGCUAAUGUACCUUUCUGGACCUUCUAAAUCUAAACUGUCGAGAAUGGACCCAAACUGAUCCAAAUGGUUACAUAAUCAGGCCUAGGUUGUUGGCCUAUGCAGUUAUUUAGGCAUGAAACAAAACAGGACGCAUGAGCGGUUAUUCAAAUUAGCACUGCAGUUUACAAACUAUGUCGAAUAAUUGUGUAUUCACUUGAUAACAAUAAUACAUUCUUCAUUGCACUGUGUUGUUGUAGCCCAAGUAUAAUAAUUGUAUUGUCUAAAAACAUAGGCCUGAUCAAUAGUGGAGCUUUGCGUGCCUGGGGACCACAGCGCAGUGUGGAGGAACGCACUACAGAUCUACCAUUUCAUAACGUGUUAAUUUAUUUGACAGGUAAAUAUUUAGCCAACAGUCCUAAUAUUUAGCUAAUGAAUGGCCUAAUAUCUAGCUAAUAUUUAGCUUCUUACUUCGGCUACACAUCACUAGCCUCUCUUCCAGCUGUUCCCGUUCGCAACAGGCUAUAGGCUACGCAUGCCUCUCCGCAAUGGGCCAUUCCUAUAGGCUACAAAAGCUAUAGGACAUUUAUUUUGAUAAUUGUUUAUACUAGGCCUAAUAGCCUAUUUGGGGAAGAAGCAGGCUUGCUCUUGCUAAUUGCUGAAUCUAAAACAGGCCUACAGCAUAGAAAAUGUAUGUGAGGAAAAGAUGAGGAGAGAAAAUGCAUUGGUGUGAUCACUUUUGGCCGGUUAUGAUAACAUUGUUGCACUGAUGUAUUGCAAAUAGUUGCACAGGACAUACACAGAUGAGCACAGUCAAAAAGAAGACCCAAAGGCAUUGACAACCAUUAGCAAAAUGGGAAUCACUUGCAAACCACUUGAGCAAGGAGGCAAUGACAUGCUGUAAAAGAUUAGCAGGCUAAACAGCAUUUGUUGUUGAAUUGCUACAUUUAAAUACUAUAUUUAUUUUCGUUAGGUCUACAUGUAGCCUACAUCGAAGGAUUAUUUGUAGUUCUCACUGACAAUGAACACACCCUGAAAGCACUGAAUGGUCUGAACCAGUAUCUGUGCGUUAGAGACCUCAUGAAUGGUCUUGUGUUACCACCUAAUUAAUAGGCAGCGUGCAGUAGGAUGCGUUGAUCAGUUGAUUGACAGGUGUAGGACUGUAGAAUGAUAAACUAUCCAUUUUCCUCUAGUAUGGAUGCUCACCAACGUUUUACAGUUUUGUAGCCUAUAGUUUGUCAUUAUAGUUUUUGUUAUAGUUAUUGGCUUGGAUGGCCCGGGCCUUAACACAACACAACUAACGUUUUUAUCACAACAGAACUAGCCUAGGCUACUAAUAGGUAUAGCUAACGUUACCGAACUUGAAUGAAAUAAAUAUAAAAUUACACUUAUACUUGUUUACUUGACAUUUAUACUCUAUAAAUGGACUCUUUUAAAUAAAUAACAAGUUUGCCACCAGCGCGCUGCAGUAGGUAAGUCAAGCGGAAGUCGAAUCCAUCACUUCCGUUGUUUGGCUGUGCCCAAAUAGCAACGUUCGAAAAUGAGGCACAUAUGUUCUGGUGGAAGGAUUCAAUAAAGCAAAUUUACUCAUUACAAUAACGUUUUUAAUGAAAACAUGUCCUUAAUCUUUUUUUUUUAUGUUGGCAACCAUUUUAUAAAAGCAAAAUGACCCUCGAACCCGGGGAUUAUUGUGUGAUAACUCCCUCCUAAGGGCUGUUCCUGGCCCGGGUUCUAAUGGUUUAUUGCUUAAAUAGACAACAGUGAUUAUUUAGUCUUUCAAACUUAUUUAAUAUUAAGUGGUACAGUAUCUAUAUGAGUGGAUGCUGUUGAGGGGAGGACGGCUCAUAAUAAUGGCUUGAAUGGAGCAAAUUGAAUGGCAUCAAACACAUGGAAACCAUGUUUGAUGUAUUUGAUACCAUUCCACUUAUUCCGCUCUAAUCAUUACCACGAGCCCGUUCUCCCCAAUUAAGAUGCCACCAACCUCCUGUGAUCUAUAUGAGUACUUAAACAUUGAAAAUGAAUUCAUAAUUAAAUUAAAAGAGACACUCCAUCAUCCCUCUGUUCUCACAGAUCUUCCUCAGCCCAGCCUAACAGUGAUUCCUGCAGUCAUCAAAGAGAGAAACUCAGUUCAGCUGAACUGUCAGACUGCUCCAUCUGUCUCUGAGUGUUACUUCAAAAUAGAGGGGCAAGUAGAAUUUACCCUACCAUCACCCUGUCAACAGACACUCACAGGAACACUACUGUUGAGGUGGACAGGUCAGAUUUCACCAGCUGAGGUCAAAAUACAAUGUCAGUACAUUGCUACAGGUUCACAGUUUAGAUCCAUAAACAGUGAGCCUUCUACAGUCACAAUUCAGGGUAAGAAGAUUGUUUUUAAUGGUUGUAAAACAUGUACUGUUGUGCCAUUGUCGUGUCGCGUCGGCUGCUGGUAGCUAUUGCUGUUAACAAAAGAGUCUGCCUAGGCUGUACCGUGUUCAAAGGCUUUUUUUUAAAUCACGAGGUUACAGCAUAAGGUACAGACACGCGAAGAUCUGGAGAAGCAGUCCCAAAUGAAUCUCAAUGCUUUCUGCCCCUCCGUCGUUGUUCCCCCCUUAUAUAUAACCUCCCAAGAUGUGGGUGGCUCCCUCUUCUGGCCAAUCACCAGUCUACCCUGGGGAGUCACCCUCCAAACGCCACAUUUGAACUAAGAUCAUAAAACAACAUUCUUUGUUCCAAAACAGUCAUAAUGUUAAUACACCACACCAUGAUUACCAUGUUCCUCUUGGGAUAUUUUAUCAUACUGUUUGUAGUAAUAAGCUAUUACAUGAAGUAAUCAAGCAAUAUAUGAUAUCUCCUUAAUUUCCCAUACUGUCGCUGCAUAAAGUAAUUGACUCAAGAUCCUUAAAUCUGACAUAACAAGGAGGGAUUAGGCUGUCAGUAAAUUUCUCAAAACCGCUAAAUGCUUAAUUCCCCUAUUCUCACAGACCAUCCUCAGCUGACAGUGAGUUCUACAGUCAUCAGAGAGAGAGAAUCAGUUCAGCUGAGUUGUGAGACUCCUCCAUCUCUCCAUGUGUCUCACUGUUACUUCUACAUAGAGGGGGUGAAGAAUCUUCCACACUCAUCGUGUACGCAGACAAUAACAGGAACUGAGCUGCUCAAGAGGGCGGGUUCAACAAUUCCAGCUGUGGUCAAAGUGAAAUGUUACUACGCUAUAGGGAAGUCUCACAUAUCUCCUUUCAGUGACCCUGUCUCAGUCACUGUUCUGGGUAAGUAAUGGUUUGUAAAAUUAUACACUUCACUGUUAUACUGUAUGCUCAUAAUGCUUGUUCAGAAUAUUUCACCAAUGUCUUCAUUUCACAUAAUAGGUCUUACUGUAGGUUUUACUGUACUAUGCAAACAUAGAUACUGAUGUAGUUGAAAAUGAAGAGUUGGACAGUAUUUAUAGAUUUUACAUACUGUUAGUAUGUAUGGAUUACCUGUUUUUAAAUGCAACAAUCAAAGAAGCACACUCUAUUCUUCUGAUCUCACAGACCCACCUCCUCCCAGGCUGACAGUCAGUUGUACAGUAAUCAGAGAAAGAGACUCAGUUCAGCUGAGCUGUGAGACUCCUCCAUCUGUCUCUUGUUCUCCCAAACUAACACAGCAGUUCAUUCCCGAUCGGUGGCCAAUGUUCAUUCGGGUCUUUCUGAGCAGGGUUCGUUUGUUCGGUUCUACCCGAGCAGGGUUCGUCUCUUCCUCCCGAGCAGGGAUCGUAAGUCGAUGGCUGGUUUGGUAGUCGAUGGCUGGUCUGGUAGUCGAUGGCUGGUCUGGUAGUCGAUAGCUGGUCUGGUAGUCGAUGGCUGGUCUGGUAGUCGAUGGCUGGUCUGGUAGUCGAUGGCUGGUCUGGUAGUCGAUGGCUGGUUCGGUAGUCGAUGGCUGGUUCGGUGUUCAACGGCAGGUCGCCUACUGUCCCUCGCUCCACACCAGCCCGGCUGCGUGGUAGAGUUGGGUUUAGCCUAUCACAGCAGCGUUGGGCGUGUCCCCAGUGUCUGUAGUCGUGGGAGACACAAAACAUACAAUUAGAGCAUGUACAACAAUUGGGGUCACAGUCACACGUUUGAAACAAGCACUUUCCUUUAGUAGUGCUAUAGAGAGCGUUGUGAUUUGUGUCUUUCCCACAGCAGGGGACCAGCGGAGAGGAGCAGUGAGUCGGUCGAGAGGUCACUGGUCCAGUUCCUUUUAACUCUAGUUCUGGGGCGUGUUUAGUAAUUCGUUUGGGGACGGAGGAGUUGAUAGAGAAUUGGCAACAGCUGUCUCAAUCUCACUUUAGUCCAUGCUAAUUUGUGGAAUCACAGGACACCAUACAAGCAGGCAAAAUAGUCCAUGCGAUUGCAUUUGAUUUCACACGUGAGAAUGUAAGGAAUUAAGUGAAAGGCAAUCGUUGUAAACACACAGCACAUAUGAUUAAAUGGCACUCAUAAAUAGGCAUGAUAUCAAAUAAGACAUGCUGAUACGUAAUAUAAAGAGAAUGGUAGGCUCUAGUUUAGUAAGAGUCAGUGUAUCUUGUGAUAUAUACAUUACAUUCAAAUAGAGUAAUGCAAAAAGGAGUCUCUGUCCUUUCCCAACAGAUCCAAAACCAGACAUUACAGUCCAUUUUGAUGGGCACUUCAGCGUCUUAUGUUUGAUUCCUGGAUCUGUGAGUCCUGACACCACCUGUAACCUGUAUGUUGGAGAGGAGAGUCAGCCAUCCUUCACAGCAAAGAUCAAGAAGACAAAAGCACCCUCAGCAUUCUAUCAGUGGUUCUGUCAAUUCAUUGUAACUGAGAGUGAUCUGGUCAGUGGUCUUCAGUCAGUGAGGCGUAAGGAGGUGAGCUGUGACUACAGAGUGAGCUCAGGACCAAACUCUCUCUCUCCACACAGUGAUGGGUACAGAUUUACAGGUGAGUGAUUAACUAUACAAAUCUAUCAGUGCUGCAGGUCUUCAUAAUCUGACUCACUUUGAUUUUAGCAUCUUCUAUAAUCAUUCUGACCCACAAACUAAAUACCACAUUUCAAUCCCAAAAAUGUUUUUAGAUCUGGUGGGAGUUCACAUUAGUGAUCCAACAAUUAUACAGACACCUUCUAUAGCAGGUAGGCUACACAUUUGUUAUUUUAUAGUGGCACUGCUGUUAUUUUAAAACAUGGCGGGUUUCAGUGUAGUGUCGAGAUAACGAUGCUAAUUAUGCUGUGAUGACAAGAAAUCCGCUGACACUGUCCUUGAUUAUAAUAGUUUAUUACACCAAAGAUUUCAGCGUCAAUUUACAGACUCCUGCAGACAUCUGGAGAACAACUGACCCAAUCUCUAAUAUGUUGUUCCUCCCCGUCCUUUGUUUCAACCAUGGUAUUUAUAAUCUGUAACAUGAUAUGGGUGGUUUUCCCCAUAAACCAAUCCCUGGCCUCCAAAUAACAGACUUCCUCUGUUUUAGGGGGCCCCUAUAGUAAUGCUUUCCAUAUGCUUCCGCAAGCUGAGUCAACUUCCUCUAACACACCAUUUGCAAACGUCAGCAAAGUCAUAAACUGUUUAGACACUACAUCAGCAAUAAGAAUAGUUGUGUAAAUUAAGUUGUUCUGUUAGAUAAUUAAGCUGUUCUAUAGAUAGGACACCAGCCUCAACACCAAUGUCUGGGAUCAUCCGCACAAGUAAUAUCAUUUCUGUGUUCAUCUAGUCGAGUGUUUAGAUCGUAUCUAUGCACUGUUAUGCUUAUGCUGUUAGAUAACAUGGUGAUCUUAUUAUAGGAAGCUGACAACAACAAUCAACACCUUAUCUGUCCUGAAAGACUUUAUCACCUUAUGAAUUGGUCUUAUCAUCUCUAUAAUGAGGAGAAAUAUAAUCUACCUGGGCUAGAAGCAAUCUGUCCGUAGUGAUUUUUAUAGUCCUACUUUGCCCACUUUGAAAGUCAUAAAGAUAUUUCAAAAGUCCAACAACAACAUAAUGAUCAUUAAUAUGAUCAUGAAGAAAAUGCUUUAAUUUCAUUAAUAUGCCUUCUCAGUGGGUUUGACUCCAGGUCCUAGAUCUACUUUGCCGGCCACCACGACAGUGAGUCCUACAGAAGGUGUGUUGGUCCUCUAAAUGACCAUCUCUGCAAAUACUAAUUGUACAGUCAAGGGUUUAGAUUACGGGCCUGUAAAAUUAAAUCACCAAAGUAUUAAUGUAAUACCGUAUUCUUGUGUAAUCAUAUUGCUUCCGACUAGUUUAAACUGUUACUCCUUCUUUGACCCCAGACACCACAGUGAGACCAACUACCAGUAAGUAGGCCCACUAAGUUUAACUUAGUUUGCAAUUACAAUAUUUUUGUUCACAUUAAUUCACUAAAGCUCCAACCUGUUUACUAAUAGACCUAUUCAUAGCUGCUUGUAAUUUCAGUCCAGAUUUGUGUACUUUUAGUCCAUCUGUUUGUAGGUAAAGUGUAGUGUACCUCUCUUUUCUGCUUAUUGAAUGACCUCAGAUAUUAAAUGAAUUUACAUUUGUUUUUGUGUAAUAUGAGUCAUCUCUUCUCACCAGGUUUGACCUCCCCGUUGACCACCAGCACGGCAUUGAAUCCUACAUCGGGUCUCUUAGUCAUCUUUAUCUAGUUAGCAAAUAUAAGUAAAACAAAUAGAGAAAGCUUCAUAUUCUCUAGGUUUUUGUACGAGUUUUUCCCAUCACAAAUUUGCCUCAUUACAAAAAGAGGUUGAUAUUUGAUUGAAUAAAACCCAUUGAUGUAUUUGUGUAUAGUCCGAUUCAAUGAUUUGCUUUGCAUUAGAGUCGACUGUUUGCUGUACCUUGACCACUGACACCCCAGCGAGUCCAACGGAAAGUAAGUAUAGCCAAUAGGUUUAAUUUAGUUUGCAAAAUAUUUUUGUUUACUAAAGCAUAAACCAGUUUUGCAAAUAUAGCCAAAUGUAAAUUCAGUCAUGGGUUUAGGAUUAAUUAAACAAUUUGUCUCAUUAUAGAAAUAUGUACAUAACUCUGUUAUUAAACUGUCUUUCUCUCUUGCAUGUGCCCAGGAGGUCAAAGCUCCACAGAAAGUGAUGUGGAAUCAAACAGUCAAAAAAGCAUUCUGGGUAAGUAUCCUUUUCUAGCUGUCUUUUCUCACACAUAUGAAAACGGAGCUGUGCACAUUUUCUCAGAAGAACAAUGUGGUCUCCAAGAGCUAAUGAUCUCUCCCGAUGUCAUCAUGUCACCAAAUAGUGGCGCAAUUAUGGCAGGCAGCAGUGGGUGUGGCUUCUGGAGUGGGCGGGUUCCUUGUAGGAUUGACAGCUGUCUGUCUCUGCAGGAGGACCAGUGAGUACAUUCGAUUCUGCAUAACAAAUCAUUUGCAAAUUUACCAUGCUGACAUUAAUAUAAGUACCUUUGGCAGUAUUGAUUUUGUAUAGGGUAGGAAAUAUUCAAUAUAAUUAAUUUAGCCUAAUUUGUUUUUCAGAGAAAACCAAUUCUCAGAGGUAAGAAUUCCCCUUGUUUGGGUUAUUGUAUGAUGCAGAUUCUAUCAACCUUUAGUUCUGUAUUGUCCAUGAUGAGAUAUUCUUACCACAACCUUCUUAUACUUGUAUUUUGUAUAGACCUACAGCCAGACAGGAUGAUCACAGCCGAU